AAAUCACCUCUCUUCGCGGAACCAAUUGCGUAUUUUCUUCUCCUGCCUUUAGCUCCCCCGUUCUUCCAGAACUUUCUCGAGACCUGAAUCCACCCUGACCCAGCGGUCCCCAUGGCCUCCGGCGAAGGUGUAGUUGAUCAGCUGUCCGGGGCGGCUGGCGGCGAGGCGGAGGCCAAGAUGGAGACGGAGGGGGAGCGGGAGGGGCCGGUGCUGUACCUCGACCUGACGAGCUACCAGCUGCACGAUCUGAGCGAGGUGGAGAUCCCGCCCACGCUGGAGGAGGUCGACCUCACCGCCAACCGCCUCUCUUCCGUCGACCCACGCAUCGGCCAACUCCCCCGUCUCCGCAAGCUCUCCUUCCGCCAGAACCUCCUGGAAGACGACGCCGUCGCGCCGCUCUCGUCCUGGGAGACUAUCGCCGGAUUGCAGGAGUUGGUCCUUAGAGAUAACAAACUUACAAGGAUUCCUGAUGCUGGCAUAUUCAAGGGUCUUCUGGUGUUUGAUGUAUCUUUCAAUGAGAUAUCUUCCUUGACUGGUAUGUCCAAGGUUUCCAGCAAAUUGAAGGAACUUUAUGUUUCAAAGAAUGAAGUUGCAAAGAUGGAAGAGCUUGAGCAUUUACAUGCGCUGGAAAUUCUUGAACUUGGUAGCAACAGGUUACGGGUAAUGGAAAAUCUUGAAACAUUGACAAAUCUGCAAGAACUGUGGUUGGGAAGAAAUCGAAUUCGAGCUGUCAACUUGUGUGGUUUGAAGCUAAUUAAGAAGAUAAGUUUGCAAAGCAACAGAUUGACUUCAAUGGAUGGGUUUCAGGAAUGUACUGCGUUAGAGGAGCUGUACCUCAGCCAUAAUGGAAUUCAAAAGAUGGAAGGCCUCUCUACCUUGCAGAACCUCCGCAUUUUGGAUGUUUCAUCUAACAAGCUAACCACUAUAGAAAAUAUUGAAACCUUAACCAGGCUGGAGGACCUGUGGUUGAAUGACAACCAAAUACCAUCUCUAGAUGGGAUAGAGACUGCUUUGGCUGGUUCGCGGGAGAAGUUGACGACAAUAUAUCUUGAACGAAAUCCCUGUGCAAAAACUCCAGAGUACUCAUCGACAUUGAAGAAAAUAUUUCCAAAACUCGAGCAAAUCGAUUCAGAUAUCAUAGCAUGAAAGCUAGCUAAUCAUUGCACAGAUACUAAGGCGAAGUAAGGCUUGGGGUUUUCCAGAGAAGUCAUUAGCAGCAAUCAAGUUGUGGACGAAUAAUAGACAUUAUUUGAUCAUCAAAGGUGUAGGCGUUGUGGUGCUAGUUAUUUAAUGGUUGCACCUGUUUGUGGCCAACGAUUUUUCAUUGCCAACUCUGCUCCGUGUUCAGAAGGAGACGUUGGUUAGGAGUUUCCAGGCCUUGAGCCCCUAUGAGCUGAACCAAAUAAUCAACGGUAGAUGUUUGAACAUCAGAAGAGGUGUAGCUGGAUUGCCAUAGGAUCCAUAUCCAUGUUGCUACUUUUAUUAAAAUGUUGCAAUUCCUUUCCCUGUAGAUUUAGUGUCGGUUUUUUGUUACAAAUGAUGAGGCUAGGAACAGCUAGCAUCUUAUUUCUGUAAGCUAUGAAUGUAUGUGCGUUGCAUACCAAACUUGCAAGGCUUGUAAUAAGCACAUGGUUUGCAGCCUGUUAACCUAUCGAGAACCGAAAUUAUCUUCU